AUGUCUACAGUCUGCUACAUUGUUGCUUUACCACAAACUCACUUUUAUUUAACUCGAUAUUCAAGCGGAAGCGCUUUUCAUCGAUUCAUUACAAUCAAGAUGCCAAUCUAUUCAGCAACCACAAUCUUUUAUAUAACAUUACAAUCAAUUAGCCUCAUAUUGAUAUUAUUCUUAAUUUUUUCUCUAUUGAGGUCAAAACCACAUUUUACAAAGUGGACUCUGUUUCAAUUGUUUCUUUCAGCAUUCGGAAAUGGCUUGUCUGCUUUAUUACCGAUAGUUAUGUAUGGGGAUGAAUUGGAUAUUCGAGCAUUCGAAUCUUCAGUUUGCAUAAUAUCAAGUAAACUUGCAAACCUCACAAUGUAUCCUUUAGAAUUCUUUGCAUUAGUGAUCAUAUUCUAUUUAUGGCACGCGUUAGUCAAGCGAAGUAUUGACAUUGAAAAGAAAACCUUUGUUUAUUUUUCUGGAACGAUUUGGAUGUAUACCAUUGUGUAUAACAUAUAUGAGAUGUUUCGUUUAAGACAACAAAAAAAUUGGGGUGUUAGAACAUCAUUUUUUAAUUGCAUAACAACACAUAGUGUACGUAACUAUUAUGGAUAUGUAAUACCGAUAUCCAUUCUAUCUUUUAUCGCGAUAAUUAUGACAUGUCAUUCAACUAUUAUCUUAUAUGAGCGUUGGAGAAAUUUCAAUUGUAACAUGAAUAGAACAACAGCGAUUAAAUUAGGACAUGCAGUUCGUUUACACAUUUUGUGUAUAUCAAUCAUAGUCCUUACAUUACUUAACCUUAUCCCACGAAUCUUUUAUUUGGAAACAACAGUAAGCUAUUUUGCAGCAGCACUCGUGAAAGCAGCAUUAUUUCUUCCAUUUUGUUAUUAUGUUCCUCCAGACAGAUCAGGAAACGAAUUAUUGCAAGCCGACCAAGAGGAGUAUAAUUUCAAUGUUUAA